UUUUUCUCAUACUCAAACUGUCUUACUGAUCUACUUUUACUUAAUAAAUUACAGUGUAAUUGCAUCAAAAUAAUAAAUAACUCAAUCAAAAUAUUUGAAAGUAACAAAAUCACUUAAAUAAUUAAUUAGUCAAAACGACAAUGAAUUAUCAAGUUUAAAUAUGAAAACAUACGCGUAAAAAAAUAUAAACAAGUGUGCAAUGACAUUUGACAUGUCAUAGUACCGUCCUGAAUUUAAAAAAAAAUAAUCGACCAUCAGGAAUAAAUAGAAAUGUUUUUUUGUGCAAAUAAUUAUUGACAGUUUGCGUCACUUCUUUUUAUUUAUUUAUUUAAAAAUAUAUAAUUAUAUCUUUUUAAUUAUUGUGGUAAUUAAUAAAAAACAAUUAAAAUGCUGUAUCGUACGUGUAAUAUGUUGAACAUAAUUUCUGGUAAAUUAACUUAUUACAAUUUGGAUCAGCUUUAUUAUCUCCAAGUAUCAUUAGCGAAACGUCACUCCAGUAUUUUUGUAAAACAGUCUAGAUGUAGAACAAAUAAUUAUCAUAAAUUACAAUUUAAAAAUAAUGUUAAAGUCUGUGAUAAUAAAUCUCCAGAUAUUAUAGAUAUUAAACGUACAAGUAUUGUUAUCACACGACUAGCAUCCAGUGAUGAUAAAUCAGGCGAUGAUGAAAUAGUUAAAUUAAAAAAUGAAUUAAAAUCAGCGAUACAUAAUAAAAUGAUCGACUUUAAAAAAAAAGAUGUAGGAAUUGUCAAAGAACGUGUUUUAGAAUCAGUCCCCUCACCAAACGACACAGAAAUUUUAAAAAAUGACUCUGGAAAAGAUUCAUUGCAUCCAAAUGUCAUUAAAGCUAAAACAGUUCGAGUCGAUCAUUCAGCAGCAUCACUAGAGAGAAAUUUUAUAACUCCAGUGCGCGCGAUGUUGGAUUUUUUAUUGAAACCAUCAGAUCUUGAAUCGUUACCAAAAACCAAACGGAGAUCACCUUACGAGGACAAGCCACCGAUAACUGUUUACUGGAGAAAAGACGUUGAAGCUAAAGCCCUUGAAGUAUGGGGUUCGCGUGAAUCUUUGAUGAAAGAACGGCUUAAAAGAGAACUCGAGCAUAAAACUUACCAACAAAAUAUUUUUACGAUGAAGAGACGAUUGAAAGAUUUUAGAAAAGAGAUAGGCAACAAAAAAAAAAUAGAAGAGAGAGAAGGACUUUUCAGUCGUUCGGGUAAAGUUGUAUUGACUGCUGUUAUUAUAAAUGGUAGUAAUUUUUUAUUUAAAUUAUUAGCGUGGAUUUAUACUGGCUCUCACAGUAUGUUUUCAGAGUGUAUACAUUCCGCAGCAGAUACUUUUAAUCAGUUAAUUUUAGCCUAUGGAAUACAUAAAUCUGUCCAAAAUCCGGAUGCAGAUCAUCCUUACGGUUAUACAAAUAUGAAACACGUGUCAUCAUUAAUAUCAGGCGUAGGAAUAUUUUGUGUUGGCACUGGACUGUCAAUUUAUCACGGUAUCCAUGGGAUACUUUUCCCAAAUCCCGUAGAAUCAUUUUACUGGGCGUAUUUAGUACUAGCAGGAUCACUAGUAUCUGAAGGAGCAACGUUAUUGGUCGCGAUAAACUCGAUAAAAAAAGGAGCCGAAGAUAAAAACAAACCGUUCAAAGAUUAUGUUCUGAUGGGCCAUGACCCCUCAGUUAAUGUCGUACUUAUGGAAGACUUUGCUGCAGUGAUCGGUAUCGCGUUGGCUGGAUGCAGCAUGGGACUGACGUCGUACCUCGGUGACCCUAUUUACGAUGCCAUUGGAUCUUUGCUUGUUGGUGGGCUACUGGGUGGCGUUGCUUCAUUUAUUAUUUAUAAUAAUGUGGCAGCUUUAGUGGGUCGUAGUAUUCCGCAAGAGAAUCUUGAUAAAAUAAAUGCGGAAAUUGAAUCUGAUGUUAUGGUACGUGCUAUUUAUGAUGUAAAAGGUAUUGAUAUGGGUAAUAAUCUCGUUAGAUAUAAAGCUGAAAUUGAUUUUGAUGGUCGCGAACUUACGAGAGCUUAUCUUGAUAAACAUGAUUUAAGUGCUAUGUUGGAAGAAGUUAAAAAAAUGCAGAGUAUUGAUGAACUUGAACCAUUUUUACUAAAACACGGUGAGAGUAUUGUAGAUAUGCUGGGUGGAGAAAUUGAUAGAAUUGAAUUAAAACUUAAGAAAAAUCACCCGGCAAUCCGACACUGUGAUUUGGAAAUCCUAUAAAAGUAAAUUAUAAUCAUAAAAACUUUAAAAGUGAUAAAUGUAAAUAAAUAUUUAUAAAAUAUUUAACUUAAAAAAGAAAAAAAAAUUUAAGAGCUACUAGAAUUGCUUGUGAUUAAACUUGA